AAAGCAUAAACCCUUCUUCUCUUCAUAUACUCCCUAAUUCAUAAAACAAACAUCCCAACUGACCACGUUUUGUCUCCAGUUUUCCAAAUGGAGACGAACCACAACACAAACAUUGUCAUGAAGAAAACAAGAGGGAGGCAAAAGAUAGAGAUAAAAAGGAUUUCAAAGGCAUCCGAUAGGACGGUCACCUUCUCAAAGCGUCGAUCAGGAAUCUAUAAGAAGGUAAAUGAGCUUGUCACCAUGACGGGUAGCGAGGUAGGAUUUUUGGUAUUUUCUCCUGCAGGGAAACCCUUCACUUAUGGUGAUCCUUCCUUUGAGGAUCUUGCACUUCGGUACCUGGGCCAGCAACAAGAGCCUCAAUUACCUCUCAAUCAAGGGAUGUACAGGCAGGCUAGGAUCGAAGAGCUACUCUGGACCCACAACAAGCUAAUGGAAUUGAUGGAAGAAAAAGAGAAGAAAGUGAAGGUUUUGAGGGCAAAGCUUGUGAGAAAGCCAAUGAAUAAUUGGUGGAACAAAGGGAUUAAGGAGGUGGAGGUGGAAGAGCUUCCAGAUCUUGAGGAUGCCUACUCGAAGGUGUUUAUGAUGGUUGAAAACAGGAGGACAGAAGUAAUCGGCCUUACCAAUAACAUCAAUAAUUAUGCUAUUGGUGGUGCUUCUUCCUCUACUGUUUCUGAGCCUUCUCAAUACCAAUUGAUGAGCAUGAGAUCGAUGUUUGGGUCAUUUGGUGAAACCAUUAAUCAACGGGUGAACAUCGCGACAAUGCCUAAUAAUCAUCCAAUGGCUGGUCAACCGGGAAAUGAGAAUGAUGAUAUUGGUCACCUUUCCUCAUCGUUUGGGUUUCCUCCUGUUGAUGCUUCUGGCAGUUGUCCUAAGUCGCUCUAGGAAAUAUGUUGUCUUCAACAAUGUUAAGUGCUUUUUGAAUCAAAUCCAAAUAGUGGAUUUUGCAACACAUUAAUAUAUGUUUAGUUUGGUUGGAAUGUUUUUUUAAUUUCAAAUCUUUUCGCGACAUAGUUUAAAGAUUAAAAAAUUUAUCUUGAUUGGAAAUGUUAUACAAAGUUGAAUAAAAGGAAGUGAAUUUU